GUUGGAGCUGUGACAAAGGGGAAGUGCUCUUCCCCAGACAGAGCCAGAGGCAUUCAUAUCCAGCAGCAUUGGAGCCCUCUGGCUGAGAGGGAGUCCUGUCCACAGAGGGCCUGGGUAGCUCAGUGGCAGGACACCUCCUUCCAGAGGCCUGGGAACCCCCCAGAAAAGCUGAGUUCCUUCUUACAGCGACCCUGGAGUGCCCUGGCGGGGCAGACCUAUCCACAGAGGUCAUGGGCAGCCCAGGGACAGGACAUCUCCUUCCAUAGGCCUGGGAGCCCCCCAGAAAAGCUGAGUUCCUUCUCACAGCGACCCCACAGCGCUCUGGCUGGCCAGGCCUCUUCACAGAGGGCCUGGGAAACUUGUAACGACCAGAAGGUCCCUGGGCCCAGUCUGUGGAGCUCCUUGGACAGGCCACGUCCUGCCUUCCCACGGCCCUGGAAUAGCUCUUUUGUGAAAAGGUCCAGCCUGCACAGCAAGGGCAGAAGUGGGGUCUCCCCUCCCUCAAAAGUCAAACAGGCUUGGCCAGAGCCUACCCAGGGCGUCUCUCAGAACCCACCAGCA